AGCGUUUGGCGGCAGUAAAAAAGAGCAUAGCCAUGGAGCAUUCAAAAGACGUCGAAGAGAUAUAAUCAGUAAGCUCUGCCGGUAGGAGUUUGGUUUCUUGGCCCUGAAACUGUAUCGCGCACCACAAGCAUGCUUCGAGGUUUUUCCGGACUGCUGGCUCGCUUGUGCUGGGUGAUUGGUUGUCUUUCGCUGCGGUGCGUAUGGGUGAACGACGUCCAGGCCGAGCGCUUUCGGUUGCAGCAGCGGAUUGCAAACUUGCCCGAUCCGAACGUGUUUCAAGUUGUGUCAUACACGACGCUCACCGCAUCCGGAUCCGCCGCAUUGCAAGACGUCCAGGUCGUAAGGCAGGAUGGGGAAGAAAGGUUUGUUGCUGACAGCUCGAAUAUCAAUUGUAAAAAUGUCUGGGUCUGGAAGAGUCCGAGACUUGUCAUGCUGUUUUUGCAUGACACAGAAUGUCUGUCAUGGAAGCCCUAGCAUCACAGAUUUUUAGAGGCCUUCCUGAUGCCUAUUCCGCAUGACAAAUGCCCUCCCCGCGUAGCACAAACUGGGCUCCUCUUGCUGGUCAUGCAAUACAGAUUUUUUUAGAGUCCAAAGUUAGCAUCACAAGUUCCAACCUUCCAGACCCAGACAUAUUUGCAAUGCAUAUCGAAGAAAGCAAAGUUUCCUAAGGGGCUCCAGAUUCACCUGGUACACGCAUCGCGGUUAGCCCAUCUGAAUCCAGUAUGGAUGUGUCAGGUUUGAAAUCGUCAAAGUUGAAAUAAUUUGUCAUGCAUAGAAUGGAUGCCAGUUGGAACCCAGUUUCCAAGUGGCGCAUGACAAAUUUCGGCGGUCCCUAAAUCCACUUUGUCAUGCUGUUCAGGCAAAGAAGAGUGAUUUUCUCAUGCUACUUUAGCAGCUCAAGCUGUAACCCCAAACAGGCUUACAAUCGGCCUCACUUGCCUGCUCUGCAACACACGUGCCUCGGGUCAUGCAUUUUAUGCAUUACAAAUUAUUUCAACUUUGACGAUUUCAAACCUGACGCUUCCAUAUCCAGACCGCUUCUGUUGCAAGACAAAGGAGGACUGCGAGGCCGCGGGCGAGACUUUUGUCGGGAAAUUUCUGCCUCCUUCCUCCGCCGUGGGAGAGGGGCUGCAGACCAGCGACUCUCCGCUAGACCUUUUCAGUUGGGAUAUUUUGGCACCGAGCACCACUGCACCCGUAAAUUACGAACGCAUUCUGGGUUCAUCUGCUUCUGCUGGUCGUGUAGUAACAAGCACUAGCUCGUCUCUGCGCCCGGGAUUCUAUUUCAUUGCGUUGUCCAACUGCGGUCGUCGUAGUGCCACGCACUAUCGGUUUCAGUCCGGAGAAUUGAACAUUAUCACCUAUUCCACAUCCUCCCCGGCUCUCCAAGAAGGGAACGAAGCGCCGCCAAAAAGGAAGCAGCUUACGUUGGAGGAGACUACAGAGGGGCAUGUCGGAGCAGAUAGAAAACUUCUGGAUAUGGUGCAGCAGCGAGCCGGUGCAACUAGUGACAUUUCUGGCCAUGAUUAUAUCAAGCACGAUCAACAACAUGUUGAUGUUGUCGAAAAUGACAACCGGCUACUGGCAGAGGCUGGGAUGUGGCUGUCGCCGUCAUUUCGACGCCGUCGCGGGUGGUACCUUCCGGCGAUGCACAUGCCCAAGGUGCCCUUCUACGGGUUGUUGUGCAUGACUUACCUGAUCCUUCUGUUGGUAUGGGUUGUCCGCAUCUACUACUACGCACAGUACAAGGAGCAAGUCCAGGUGCUCUCCACCGCCGCGGCCAACAGCGGGAACGACAUGUUGGCAAAUACCGUGAGUGCGGUGGCCUCGGCCACCGGGGCGUUCUCACCCACCGAUCCUGUGGCUUCGCCAUCAAGUAGUAACCUGCUCACCAUUCACCACUACGUCACGGUGGCGAUAGGUGUUGCGCUGCUGGAGGCCAUAGCGUGGUAUCUUUGCUACGCACACUGGAACUUUGUUGGGUAUCGUUGGCACGGGAUGGUUUUCUUCGCGUCCGCGGCGACCGCCUUCAAACAAGGAACGUCGUUUGUGUUGCUGCUUUUGGCGAGCAUGGGCGUUGGGGUCGCAAAGCCGUCGGUGCGCGCAGAGAAGCGUGCUGCCAUGGUGUUGCUUUUCGCCGUUUAUGUAUUGACUGAUACCUUUCGGAAGACCACCGCUAACAUGGAAAAUACCGGUACCGUAAAAACAGACGUUUUGCUGGAGUUCACUCUGUUUUUCAAUGUAAUCGACGAGCAUUCAGUUUGGUUUUUUUCAUUACUAGUCUGAGUCCGAAACAUCAGAAUGGAAUCUAUCAUCAUACUAGGGCACCCCAACUAAACCGUCCAUCCUAAUUUCAGUGUGGAGCUUCUCGCAUGUCUAGCAGGUAAAAACAGAAACCGCAAAUUGAACUUUUUCAAAAGGCACACGAACGGGUUGGGAAGAAAGCAGCGUUCUUCUGGUCAUGUUUCCACCGAGUUUGAUUGUUGGCUUCUUUUUUCUCUGGAUCCUGGCUGCUUUGUUCGCGACCAUCGACACGUUGCGGAAACAAAAACAAAGAGCCAAAGAAGAGGUCAGUACGUAAUUUCGUCAAAUGAUUGAAGAGCGAUGAAGAUAUCGCUUUGCUUUCGGUUUUUCACAGUUUAUACAUUCGUAGACGCGUCUGCUUGAUGUACUGUCUCUGAAGUAGUUCUGCGCUGGGUUAUGAUUUCAACACAUGAAUGUGUGCGGCCAAGAGCAAGAAUUGAAUUUUCACGACAAAAAAAAACAAGGUCUACCAAAAGUUUCUGCGGUGUGUGCUUUUUCCCCUCUGCGCUGCGACGUUUCUCAUUCUAGGGUACGAAAUUGCUAUGGUGCGGCCGGUUGAUCUGGCGCACAAUUGGAAGUCGCGCUGGUGGUUCACCGAUUUCGUGCCGCACUUGAUGCAUUUCCUUCUUCUGUCGGCAAUCUGCAUUCUCUGGAGGCCACACGGAGAAAGCCGGUACCUUUCCUACACACACUUGCGUGUGAACGAAGACGAAGAGGAUGGUGGAACCGUCGAAAUGUCAGCUGCCAUCGGAAAGCCCAUGCUAUCAAACGACCAGGAAAUAACAAUAAGGGACGCAAGCCCUGAAGUGGUUGAAGAUGUUGACGACGAUGAAGUCGUAGCGGUUGCCGCAACAACCGAUGGCGCGGCUCGUCGAGAAACGUCCACUGAGCAGAAAAGAACAUCUCCGUCCAGAGCUCAGGCUGCUGCAAAAAGUACUAGGAACGACCACAUUUCUCAUUCUAGCGCUAUGGCACAGGGGGCGCUUGAGUAGAUUGGUAAAAGUCCGGGGAAAUAACCUUUUUUGAAGGUGUCUCCGUUAAUCACGCACACAU